AUGAAACUGGCUACUUGGAAUAUACAAGGACUUAGGACUAAACAAGAAGAAGUAUUCCGGGAAAUACAGAAAAUGGAUGUUGACAUCUGUGUACUCACCGAAGUGAAGAAGAAAGGGAGAGGAAAUGAGAUUAUAGGAGAAUAUAUCCAUGUUUAUAGCGGAGUCCCGAAAGAUGCAAGAGCAAAAAGAGGGGUGUCCAUAGCAGUACACAAAAAGCUGAGGAAGAAUAUAAGAAGCUGGGAAGAAGUCGAUGAGCAGAUAAUAAAACUGGAGAUAUUUAAAAACGGUAGAAAAAUUAAUAUAAUAGGCGUGUAUGCACCCAGUGAGGACUCAGAUAGGGCAACAAAGGACCACUUCUACAACCAGCUAUUCAACACCAUAUCUGACAUCGAAGAUAAUAAAGAGAUAUUCAUACUAGGAGACCUGAAUGGUCGAACGGGACAGAAAAUUAACGACCCUGUGGUAGGACAAUACGGCAAAACCGCUUUGAACGAUAAUGGACAGCGCCUGAUAAGCUUCUGUCAAAGUUCAUCCUUAAAAAUAAUGAAUGGAUAUUUUGCCCAUAAAGACAUCCAUAGAUUCACCUGGAUACAGGCCACUAGAGGAUUACGCUCUAUAAUUGAUUAUGUAAUCCGAAAACAGAACUCGGCACUCAAGACCAUGGACGUGAGAGUGUACCGAAGUGCGGAAUGUGGGUCCGAUCACCAUAUGGUUGUGGCUAAGGUUGCUGUGAAUUAUAGACAAACGAACAGCGCGUUGCAGUCCGAAGGAAAAGAAGAACAGAGAAUGGAUAACCGCAAAUACAACUUGCUAAGCAUGCAACAAGACUCUGUGAAGUUCCUAUAUAAAAUACGUGUAGCCACCAAAUUAGAGACACUUAACAUGAGUAGUAUGGAUGCGGAAAAUUUGUACAACGAAAUUAAACGCAGCAUUCAUGAGGCGGCAGAAGAGUCUCUAGGGCAUCAAGAGCAAAGACAUUCACGAAAUCCGGAAUGGUGGUCAAGAGAAGUAGAACAAUUGGUUGAAGAAAAGAAGAGAGCAUACGAGAAAUGGUUAGGCACGAACAAUAUAGAUGAUAGAAGAAUAUAUGCGCUGUGUAACAGAGAAGUAAAAAAAGCAGUUAUACAGAGUAAGAACGAAUUAUGGGAGAAGAAAUGUGAAGAGAUACAAAGAUGCAUGGGAGGAACAAGAGUAGCAGAGGCGUGGAAAGCAAUUAAGGACCUGAGAAGAGAAAACAAGGAAAGUGCUGGAAUGAGUCUAAUAAAUAUGGAAGAAUGGGAGAAAUACUAUAGGACGUUACUCACCGAAAAACGAAAAGAGUUUGAGUUAAAAAACGUCAGGGUCGAGCCGAGUACAGUUUCGCCAGUAGAGGAGAUAACGGUGGAGGAAAUAAGGGAAGCAUUGCGGAGGUCGAAAAAUGGGAAGGCUGCAGGUCCCGGAAACAUCCCGAUUGAGCUAGUAAAAUAUGGACCGGACAUAUUGUUGGAGACCAUAACUGGGUUGUUCAAUAGGUGCCUGAAAGGUGACAAGGUUCCUGAGGAUUGGAAUUUGGCUUAUAUUAGCUCGAUCUAUAAGAAGGGAAACAAAAGUAUGUGUAAGAACUACAGAGGAAUAAGCGUUAUGAGCUCGAUGGCGAGAUUGUACGGCCGAGUACUGAAACGAAGAAUAGAGGAAAGUAUCGUGGAAAUAGAGGAACAAGGCGGCUUUCGAGCAGGAAGGUCUUGCACUGAUAAUGUUUUCGUUCUCCAGCAAGUAAUAGAAAAAAAGGAAGUCCAGAAAUCUGUCCACACACCUGGUGUUCGUUGA